AUGCCCUCCAGGCAGCUGUGGACCUGCGUGUUCCCGGGGUCUCCGCUGGUUUGGGAUGGACCAGGCUGCAGGGCUGUGACCCCGCUGUCAGCACUGUAUUCCCAGCAAGAGGGCCCUGCCCGGGGGAUCAAUCUCCUUCCCGGGCUGGGUCCCUCCCCAGCAAAAUGCCACUUGCAGCCCGAGACCCCCAAGACCAGUCUCAGUCCCUCUGCCCUCGCUGCCCCGUCCCACGGCAGCCCUCCACGGGAGCCUAAGCGAGACACCCCAGACUUUUCCCAGAGCCCUGCAGGGGUGGGAGGAGAGGGCCCCCCAACUGUGUGUGCAGCCCUGGGGCUGCCCUGCCCUCCGAGGGGCCCACACGUGCCCCCGAGGGAUGGGGCCUUCGUAGAGGGCGUGGGGACCAAGGCCCUCACCGUGGUGACCUGCCCAGCCUCACUUCUUCCUCUCCAGGGCACUCUGCUGCCUUGGGGUGGCCCUGUGGUAGCUCCCCGAACUCCAGUGGGCACGUGGAGGGUCCUUGGCAGCUGUCCAGGGACCGCCAGCCCCAGUGUUUCUGGGGGUGUUUUGCAGAGGCUGGAGGUCGCCGUCCUGGGCCCCGCGGCCAGCAGAGAAGACCGGGCGCUGACCAUGCGUGGGGAAGGCCGGCAGGCCUCGCCCUCCCCUGUGCCCGCCCGCAUCCGCGAGAUUGUGGCCAGCAGCCUGGCCGAGGAGCCACCCCAAGGGGUGCGGGAGCCGCCAGCCUCCGUGGCCCGGGCGCGGGAGGAGCAGGAGCUCCUGCAGCAGGAGCUGACCCGGUUGGGGGACCUGCUGGCCCAGACGGGCGCUGAGCGGGACGAGCUGGCCAGCAGGUACCACGUGGUCAGUGGACGGCUGCAGGCCCGGCUGGAGACCACUGAGGCCCGGCUGCGGAGGUCGGAGCUGGAGCACAGCACGGACCUGGAGGAGGCCCUCGGCCGUCUGGAGGCCGCCGAGCAGAGGAGCACCGGCCUGUCCCAGGUGAACGCCCUCCUGCGGGAACAGCUGGAGCACAUGAGGACGGCCAACGAGGCGCUGGCCCAGGAGCUGGCCCGGACGGCGGGCGCCGCGCUCCGCCAGCGCCGCGAGCUGGGCCCCAGGGCCGGGAGAGAGACCGGGGACUUCCUCCUCCUGUGGAGACAGGCCACCACGCUCCGGACGCACCUGGCCGAGCUGCGUUCAGCCACCGAGAGGGGCCUCGCUGACAUGCGGGCAGACGCGGCCAGGACAGCCCGGCGCCUGCACACCGCCUGCCUGAACCUUGACUGCAACCUGCGGCUGUCGGCCGGCAGCGCCCUGGGGCAGCAGCUGCGGGACAAGGUUGGGGAGAUGCUGCAGCUGCAGGGCCGCUGGGACGCGGAGAAGGUGGCGCUCCAGGCCAGACUCUCCGAGCAAACACAGCUGGUGGAGGAGCUCACAGAGCGAAACAGGCAGCAGCAGAGAACUGUCGCUUCCCUGGAGACGGACGUGCAGAGACUGGAAUCCCAGCGCAGUGGAGGCCAGGUGGCCGAGGAGGGCUUGAGGGACGAAGUCCGGUCCCUGCGGCACAUGUUGGCAAGCGUCACCAAGGAGGCCCAGGCGGACGCCGGGUGCCUGGACCUGGCCUGGAGCCGCAGCACCGAGGGGGAGGAGCUGCAGAGCCCCCCACGCACCGCGUUGCCCCAGCAGGAGGGGUCCCCACCACGGGCCCGCCCCCCAGCCACCCUGGACCCUGCGCUGCGGGCCGUGCGGGCAGCCCUGCAGAGGCGGCGGCAGCGGGAGCAGGAGCUGCACCUGCAGCUGGAGGCUUCCCAGGCCACGGCCGCCAGGCUCCGCGAGCAGCUGUCCCAGUGCCGGUGGGAGCUGCGGGCCUCGCAGAGGGACCUGCAGGAGCGGGCACGGGAGCAGGCGCGCACAGAGGCCCUCAGGCUGGAGGCUCCGCAAGGCCAGGCGCCUGCCAAGCUCCUGGGAAGGCGAGAGCACCUGCAGCAGCUGGAGGAGACGGCCUCGGAGCUCAGGAGGGAGCUGGCGUCGGCCCGGGAGGCGCUGAGCGCGGCCCAGCUGCGGACGGACGUCCUGGAGAGCGAGCGGGAGGGCCUGCGCCGCGCCCUGGCCCGGGCCGAGUCCAGCAACGCUGACCUAGAGCUGCUCGUGACGAGGCUGAGGUCAGAGGGCGUGGAGCAAAGGGACUCCCUGGCUCGGAUGGCCGCCCUGCUGGAAGGGCUGGCUCACGACAAAGCCACCCUGAACCACCUGGUCCUCCAGCUGGAGCAGGAGCGGGACCAGCUGCGGGAGCAGCGGAAGGAGCUGGAGCGGGAUCGGGCCGGCGCCCGGGAGCGGCUGGCGCGCAUGCGGGCUGAGCACGGGCGCCUGGAGCAGCAGCAGGAGCAGCUGGAGGCGCGGGCGGCCCUGCUCGGGCGUGAGAAGGCCCGGCUGCAGGAGCAGGUGGGCCAGCUCACGUGCGAGAAACGGACCCUGGAGGAGCAGCUGGCACAGAGCCUGCGGGACCGGGAGACCCAGCUGGACGCCCUGCAGCGCGCCCUGCGGGAGAAGGAUGCUCUGUCUGCGGAGCGGGCCCAGCUGCUGGCCACGCAGGGGGCCGUGGACAGGCAGGGCCAGCUUGCAGCCCAGGAGGCAGCUGACCUCAGGGCCGAGAGGGACUCCCUGGAGAGCAGCCUCUUUGAGGCCCAACAGCUGGCGACGCAGCUGCAGGUCCAGCAGGAGCAGCUGGCACGAGAGGCCCAGAGCGCCCGGCGGGCUCAGCAGGCCGCGCAAGUGGAAACGGAGCAGCUGAGAAGCGACUGGGAGGUCCAGGAGGCGCAGCUGCGGCGGGACGUGGGGCGGCUCCUACGGCAGGUGGCGCAGCAGGAGCGGGACGCGCUGGCCCACCGGGAGGACCUCGCACGGCUCCAGAGGGAGAAGGAAACCCUGAGCCUGGCCCUGGCAGAGGAGGCGGCGGCGGCUGCGUGCCGGCUGCAGCAGGAGAAGGAGCUGGCGGCAAGAAGUGCAUCCGAGAGGGAGGCUCUGAAGGAGGAAGUUCAGAGCCUGAAGCAGGAGCGGGAUGAGAGCCUCCUCCAGCUGGAGCACGAGAUGCAGCAGGCCCUGUCACGGAAAGAAGCCCAGCUCGGCCUGCUGGGCCAGGAGCUCUCCAGGGCUACGUGUGAGCUGGAGCAGGCGCAGCAGGAGGCCCAGAGCCGGCAGGAGCAAGCCGAGGCCACCAUCCGCACCCCCACGCAGGAGCUGAAGGCCCUCCAGGCCCAGUUUGAGGGAGCCAUCGUCACCCACCAGAGGGAGGCCGCGGCUCUGAGCCGGAGUCUGCGGGACGUGGCGGCCGGGAGAAGUGCUGCGGAGAGAGAGGCGGAGCAGCUGCGGUCCCAGCUGAUGGCCCAGGCGGAGCUGGCCGUGCUGCGCCAGGAGCUGCGGGGCACUGAGGAGGCCCGCCGGGCGCUGGGCAGCGAGGGCGAGCUGGAUGCGCUGCGGUGCUCCAACGGCGAGCUGUGGGCCGUGAUCCGCAGGACCAAGCAGGAGAAGGCCAGUUUUAAGCGGUCGGCGGCAGAGAGGCAGAGGCUGCUUGCCCUGGAGGAGGCCGGAGCAGCGGCGCAGCGGGAGGCCAGGGCGCUGCGGGCCAGCCUGCGAGGGCUGGAGCGCGUGCAGGGGGGCACCUGCCGGGAGCUCCAGGAGCGAUGCAGACAGGUCCUGGGGCUGCAGCGGAAGUUGGCAGAGGCGGAGGCCCGGGGACGGCAGCUCCAGGAGCACCUCCGCGAGAGCCGGGAGGCCGAGCAGACCCUGCGGGCCGAGCUGCACGGGGUCACCGGGCAGCUGCAGCAGGCCAGCGGCGUGGCCGACGGGCUCCAGGCUGGCCUGGACGGGGCCUGUCACCGCAUCCGCAGCCUGGAGCAGGAGCUGGCCCAGGCCCAGGGCGCCCGGCGGGACACGGAGGCCCAGCUGGGCCGGCUGUGCUCCACGCUGCACUGGGGCCUGGGGCUCGGGGGACACAGCCCCUCGGCCUCCCCUGCCCGGCCAGGCUCCCCUGCCAACGAUUCCCACAGCUCCCAGCCUCGCCGAGGGCCACAGGGCGCCGCCGCCCCCACCAGCCCCCGCUCGCCCACACCCAGAGACCACGGACCAGAGGUCAUGGACGUGGCCUCUGUGCGUGACGCCCUGGGGGACCUUGUGCAGAGGCUUUGGGAUGCCCAGCGGGGCCGGGACGACUGCCGCGUGCAGGUGGCCAGCCUGAGCAGCCGGCUGAGCGAGGCGGAGAGCCAGCGUGCCCGAGCCCAGAGCCGCGCGGAGCAGCUGCAGACGGCCCUGACCCAGGCGGAGGAAGGCCGGCGCCGGGCGGAGAGUGCGCUAAACAGCGCCCGGACAUCGCGGGCCCUGCAGAAGGAGGCCCUCCGCGAGCUGCAGACCGAGCACCUGGCGAGCCUGCGGGCAGCCGGCCAGGAGAAGCGGCGGCUGCAGGAGCAGCUGGACGCCCUGCACCAGGCCCUCCACGAGAGCAGGAGGCACAGCCAGGGCCUGGCCAGAAAGGCGAGGAUGCUGGAAGAGCUCAGGUGCCAGGAGGCUGCGGGGUCGCCGGAGCCCCUGCAGCAGACAGAACAGGAGCCGCUGAGGAGGGGGGACAUGGCGAGGCUGGGGGCUGAGAAGGAGCAGCUGGACCAGUCCCUGCACAGCCUGCACCAGGAGUGGGCAGAGCCAGCAGCUGCACAGAGCGUCCCCGCCCAGGCCCAGACGGCGGAGCUGGAGCAGGCGCAUGCCCAGCGGCUCUGGGAGCUGACCGCCCGGCACCGGCGGGACUCGGCCGCGGAGGCAGAGCGUCUGUGCGGGGCUCAGCGGCAGACCACGCAGGCCCUGGACUCCCGCAAGCAGGCCCACCAGCGGCAAAUAAAGGUGCUGGAGGAGCAGGUGGCCGGCCUGAUGGAGCGGCUGGACCGGGAAGUGCGGCAGCGGCGACAGGUGCAGCUCGGCCAGGCCAGGCAGUGAGCCCUGCCCAGGCUGCCUGGGCCGCUGCUGGAAACAGCAGCCCCGCGCUCUGCACAACGGGGCCGGCCAAACGGGGUCCAGUGGGGUGGGCGCGAUGCU